AUGAGGAUAAGAAUUUUCAAAGAUGAAUCCGGGCAAUCAGGUUAUAGAUUGAGCCACCGCCACAAUGGGACGAGAUGUAGGGGUACGCGUGAGGAUUUAGAAGACUCGUCAUGCUAUGCUCAUUCGGUUGAGUAUGAUUUUUUGAGGAACAAAAUUAGGCCUCUACAUAUUGAGACUGAUACUUGGUGUUCUUCGGGUUCCUUCUUGAGCAAUGGGACGUUGAUUCAAACCGGCGGGUUUGGACAUGGUGCUCGAAGAAUAAGGUAUCUUGAGCCUUGUGCACAUGGCCAUAAUUGUGAUUGGAAGCAAACAAAGAGACUUUUGGCUGAUGAUAGAUGGUAUUCUUCGAAUCAAAUACUCCCGGGGCAUGACCAGAUCAUUGUAGUGGGAGGUAGAAGGGUUUUUACAUACGAAUUUGUACCAAGAUUAUCAUCCAACAGUUUUAAAUCUUAUGACCUUCCAUUCUUGCACAAUACCUAUGACAAAAAUGAGGGAGGAAAUAAUCUCUACCCUAUAAUCCACCUUUCUUCUGACGGUCAUCUUUUCAUUUUUGCCAACCGGGAUUCAAUCCUUUUCAACUAUAAAAUAAACAAAGUUGCCAAAACCUUUCCAAGAAUUCCUGGAAAUGGAUCUAGGAGCUAUCCAAGUACAGGUUCAUCAGUCAUUCUCCCUUUAAGCCAUUCUGAUCUCUUCGAAAGGGUCGAAGUCAUGAUAUGCGGAGGGGCGGCUUCUGACGCAUUUUCAGCAGCCCAACACGGCAGAUUCUUACCGGCAUUGACAUCAUGCGGGAGAAUGGAAAUAACAGGAAACAAACACGAAUGGAAAAUGGAGAACAUGCCCGGGCCUCGUCUAAUGAGCGAUAUGCUAAUUCUCCCAACAGGCGAUAUACUAAUAAUCAAUGGAGUGAAAAAUGGUUCUGCGGGGUCGAAUUCCGCAGCCAAUCCUUCCCUCCAACCCUAUCUCUACAAACCAAGAAAACCGUUCGGCAGGAGAUUUUCUGUCUUAAGAUCAACGAAAAUUGCCAGAAUGUAUCAUUCAUCUGCCGUUCUAUUACCUGAUGGGAGAAUUCUUGUUGCAGGAGGUAAUCCUAAUAACAGAUACAUAUUCAGGAAUGUACCUCAUCCAACCGAACUCCGGUUACAGGCAUUCGUCCCGGACCAUAUGGACAAGAAAUUCGACAAGAGCCGGCCUCAUAACGUUUCCAUAUCCAGCAAUGGUAACGACGGCGUGGGAUAUGGAAAGGAAUUUUCAGUUCAGUUUCUUCUGAGGAAUACAAGGCUAAGAAAUGUAGUGUUCACGGCAUACGCACCUCCAUUUACUACACAUUCAAUUUCAAUGAACCAAAGGAUGCUUACACUUAGGUGCAGAAACUUGGUUAGGGCUGCAAAUGGGUUGAUAAAUGCACGUUUGGAAGCUCCUCCUAAUCCAAAUGUGGCACCUGCUGGUUAUUAUAUGCUUACAGUUGUUAAUGAUGGGAUUCCUAGUGUUUCUCAGUGGGUUAGGUUCAUCCAUGCUUGAGUUUUUUUUACUUUUAUACUCGUCUCUCGAGAAAUUGUACGUGAAACGACCGCACCAUUUAAUAAGAUUUAAAGUGAGAUACUAAAUGUAAUAGUAUUUGUCGGUCAUGCUAGUUUAGUCGGUUAAUCCCCAUAGUGUCGAUUUUUUUUAAAAUGUUGGUGGUGAAGAAAUAAAUCUAAAAAGUUUAAAUUA